AUGCUUCCAUUUGUUUAUAGCGGUGAUGGUGAUCGUUGUGGUAGCUAUGAUAAUGAAAGGCGUAAUGAUAGAUAUCGGCGAAGUAAUUCAAGAGGCCGUUCUAGAUCUCGAUCGUGGUCCAGAGAUCGGCGACGUCGAGGUCGUUAUUCGAGGUCACGAUCUUCCGGUAGAAGCCGUAGCAGAAGCCGUAGUUGUACUCGCAGUUGUAGCCGUAGUAGCCAUGACCGUUCGCCACGUAUGGAUUUCGAUCGAAGACGCCGUUCAAUCGAUAGGGACAGAGAGGAGCCACGAGAAUUUUCAAGCGCACUGCCUUAUUUAUCUUCCAUGCAAGCUCAAUCACAAACUGACAAAUAUGCAUCGCAUACCGCGCUUUAUGGACAACCACAUUACAAAAUCGUCAUGAAAAUGUUACCAACUGAUUCGCAGCGAGAUGCGUUAAUGGCACUCACAGCACGUCAAGGUUUUCGGGUCAAGGAUAUCCGCAUAAUUCAUAAAGGUCCAGACCGUUGUUUCGGAUUCGUGGAAUUCGGAGAUGUGAAUAGCGCACAAGCUUGGAUGGAAUACAACAAGGGAACUUUGCUACUGGACGAUGGACGACCAGUUAAAUUAGAGUAUUCACGUUAUGAUAGUCUAGAUGGACGAUCGUCGGGUCUCUCUGGUUCAGGCGACUGGAUGUGCGCAAAAUGUACCAUAAAAAAUUUUAAAAACCGGGGAGCAUGUUUCAAAUGCAAUUUAACGCGAAUGGAAUCAGAUGGAUUGACCAGAAAAGGUUAUGCAGCGAUUGGUGUCGCGAAGUGUGACACUCUUUUAUUACGUGAAAUACCGCUAAAUUGUACGGAAGCAAAAAUUCAAGCAGAAAUGAAUCGAAUAUCUUCAUUAGACGUUUUACGUGUUCAUAUUGCUGAGUCAGGCCUUUAUGCUUACGUCCAAAUGCGUAGUGCUGAUGAUGCAGAAAGAAUUAUGCUAACACUGAACAAGAUACCCUUACUUAUCGAUGGUUGUGCAGUAAUGGUUACUUACUCGAGAUUACCGUUGAAUACAGUGCUUUCAACAACAGCAGCAACCGAAUCAAUGCAAAAGACGGCCGAACGUAUUAAUCAGAUGCCUGCUUUUAGACCUACAGCUGGACCAAGUGGUAAUGCUGGUGUAGAAGCAGCACAGUUGGCAAUCGCGAAGGCACAACUGAUUCGGCAGAUGACGAAUUCAAUGAUAACUACGGGUGAUACGGUACCACCAAUAUAUUCUGCGGCAGGAACUGCAAUUCCACCAAUUCUUAAUCGACCUCCACCUCCAUUACCACACGAAACAAAUUUUGUUGUUACCGAUUAUUUCAAAGAUGAGACUUCAGCUGACAGGAAUUUCGUUUGCGUUGAUGAUAUAACCAUUCAGGAUUCACAAGGUGUUCCUUCUGGUGGUGGCGUACAAGGGUCAUCAGCUUCUUACAACGGACCACAAAUCAAGGGAGCCGCCGAUUUAGGCUUUGUAGAGACUCCUUGGGGACGUUAUAAAAGAUAUCGUGCACCAAACCCAACUAUAUAUCAGUUUGAACCAUCUUCCGGAUUAUAUUAUGAUCCAACCACUGGUCUUUACUAUGACAGCAAUUCACAGUACUAUUGGGAUGCUAAUGUGCAGAAAUGGAAUUGCUGGAAUGCAACAUAUCAAACAUAUAUACCGUGUGAUUUGAUGUCCCGACAAACUGGGCCGGACCAAGAAGUGACAAAUAAUGAAAGCAAAAACGAAACUAUUGAGAAAAAUACUGAAGUUGUAAAGGACGAACCAAAAAAAGAGCCUCAAAAGACUGCGAAAGAUAUUGCACGAGAAAUGGCACGUUGGGCUAAAAAGCAAAGUAAAGUGUUAUUAGCUGUCAAAGCACCUCCAAAACUGGAAACUACAUCUCCUCUAGUAACUGCCGCCAAACCGAAAACAACUGCUGUCGAACCAACUGCUGAUUUGACAUAUAAAAUGCUUGAGAAAACAAGUAAUCCAUUUGGCUCAUACAGUGAUGAUGAUGAAGAGGAAGAGAUACCACCAGCAGCAAAGAUCGCAGCAGUUGGUGCAGGUCGUGUAGCACUGAAUAGUAAAAGUGGAAAUCGUUUAAUGCAGCAUACAGUUGAUUUACUACCACCUUCAGUUGGUGAUUCUGUUGUUUCACCCAUCAAAACGACACAAUCGGAUGAAAAUUUCGUUGAUGUUGAAAAGAAAUACUGUAUUUUGUGUAGGCGGAAAUUUGCAAGUUUAGAAAUUUUGAUGAAACAUGUUCGAAUGUCAGAUCUUCAUAAGAAAAAUCUAGAAGCACAUUUAUUACAAGCAUCUCUCGAUGACAGUGCAUCAUUGUCUAUGCCAACUGUAUCUACUGCACAAGGCGCCUCUUCAUGCUCACUUGUUCCUCAGCAAUAUCGAGAUCGCGCAAAGGAGCGCCGUAAUUUAUUCGGAUUAGACCCAAGCGGCUUUACAAGUGACAGUGCAGAAGUUGGAGCGGAUUAUGCUGUACGUUCAUCAGACAUUCCCAUUGAUGAUACUAACAUAGGGAAUAAGUUAUUGAAAUCAAUGGGUUGGCAGGAAGGAACUGGAAUCGGGAAGAAUAACCAAGGUAUCAUAACACCGAUAGCAACUGAGAUGCGGGUAGAAGGAGCAGGAUUAGGUGCAGCUGGUUCAAGAGUACUGCAUGGUGCGAAUGCAUCCAGACGAGAACGAGCACGUACUUCAAUGAUGAGCCGUUUUCAGGAUUUGCAGUAA